UACUUCUCAGUCAAGUUUUCAGUCAGCAACUCUACUCCAUGGCUUGUCUCUGAGGCCUGAGCUCAGUUCUGAGUCUCUUGACUGCGGAGCUGAGACCUCAGGUCAUCUUUCCUCCAAUCUCUCAUACGAAAGGAACAAGUUUUAGGAAGCUAGAAGCAAGGACCUGUACAUCCUUCUCUCUCCCUCUUCUUGUGAGGCAACUUCUUCAAUCAAGCAACUAUCUAUCGCAGACCUCAAGAUCCAAAGUGCUUCUGUUUUCCAUUAAGCAAGAAGAUACAUUCAGCAGUGCUUCUGUCCCUGAAAACCAAACAGAUUGAUAAUACUGCCAAGAAAGAAUGAAGCUAAUUGCUUUUGGGUUGUUAUUACUGGGGUGUAUACAGUCUUUUGCUACACCUGAUUCCCAAGUUGUAAUACUACAUCAAAUAAGGAUGAUGCUCAAUGACACUCGCGGUGUUGUGAACGGUUGGAAUGAUAAUCAAGUUAGUCCCUGCUAUUUUAAUGCUAUCAUUUGUAAUCAAGACCAACAAGUCACUUCAAUAACUUUGAGCUCAUCAGGGCUAUCUGGAGUCUUGUCACCCCGAAUCGGAGACCUACCAUAUUUACAACAGUUAUUGCUGGACGGCAACAACAUAACUGGAGGAAUUCCACAAGAGUUAGGGAACUUAUCAAGCUUAACAACUCUAAAACUUGGAGGAAAUAAUUUAAUUGGCUCAAUACCUGACUCUCUUGGCCGUCUUUCAAAACUCCAAAAUCUGGACCUGAGCAAAAAUCACUUAAGUGGUAAAAUUCCAACCUCUCUAUCCAAUCUCCCAUCGCUGAAUGAUAUUAAUCUAGCAGACAACAAUCUAGACGGUGAAAUACCCAAACAGCUGCUUCAGGUGUCCCACUACAACUAUAUAGGCAACCAAUUGAAUUGUGGCCAACACUUGAUUCCUUGCAAAGGAAGCGAUGUAAAUACAGGUGGAUCAAAGAAUUCCAUAGUCAAGGUGGUUCUUCCAAGCAUCGGUGGAGCAGUCACUCUAAUUGUUAUCGUAGUUCUAUUUCUGCUAUGGUGGCAAAGAAUGCGCUACCGACCUGAAAUAUACGUUGAUGUUCCAGGUCAACACGAUCACAAUCUGGAGUUUGGGCAGAUAAAGAGGUUCUCAUGGAGAGAGCUCCAGAUUGCAACCGGCAAUUUCAGUGAGCAAAGUGUUCUUGGGAAGGGUGGUUUUGGUAAGGUGUACAAAGGAGUGCUUCCAGGUCCACAUGGUAAAAAGGUUGCAGUUAAAAGACUGUUUGAAGUGGAAAAGCCUGAUGGGGAAAUAGCUUUCCUGAGAGAAGUUGAAUUGAUAAGCAUUGCUGUGCACAAGAACAUAUUAAGAUUGAUAGGAUUCUGCACAACUCCAACAGAGCGACUUUUGGUCUACCCUUACAUGGAGAAUCUAAGCGUUGCUUCCCGUUUGAGAGAUAUAAAACUAAAUGAACCAGCAUUAGAUUGGCCAACAAGAGUGCGAAUUGCCCUUGGUGCUGCCCGUGGUUUGGAAUACCUUCAUGAGCACUGCAACCCCAAGAUCAUCCACCGUGAUGUCAAGGCAGCCAAUGUCUUGCUUGAUGCAAACUUUGAAGCAGUGGUAGGAGACUUUGGGUUGGCAAAGAUGAUGGACAUAGAAAGGAACACAGUAACAACCAGGGUUCGCGGGACAAUGGGCCAUAUAGCUCCUGAGUACCUGAAGACAGGGAGGCCAUCAGUGAAGACAGACAUAUUUGGAUAUGGUGUCAUGUUGUUAGAAAUUGUGACAGGAGAGCGUGCAAUCUUCCCUGAUUUCUUGGAAGGAGCAGGCGAGAUCAUGCUCAUUGAUCAAGUGAAACUAUUGGUGCAAGGAGGACGAUUGACAGACAUUGUGGACCGCAACCUGGACAAUGCAUACAACUUUGAAGAGCUGGAGAAGAUUAUCCAAAUAGCACUCCUCUGCACUCAUGUGGAACCUGAUCGUCGCCCUGCUAUGUCAGAGGUCGUGCAGAUGCUGGAAGGCAACGUUGUCCCAGCUGAGCAAUGGGAGGAGUGGCAAGUGGCUGAGCUUGCCCGUCGGCAGCAGUAUGAGAUGAGGCAGCAGCAGCAGCUGUUCAGCUUCAGUGAGGAGUCUCUCAAUAUCCAGGAAGCCAUUCAGCUGUCUGGUGGCAGAUAGCUGGAGGAUCAUACAACGAGUGAAGGGAGACAACAGAAGUAUUCUGUAUAUAUGUGGAUUGUUAGGAAAUAGGAAUAGCUUAUAGAGUCCUUACAGUUUGCGUAAGAAACUGUAUCUAACCUUUAUGCUGUGAACACCAUGUAUGAAGUUACAUCUAGUUCAGACACUCAUGUGUAUGCUUAAACUACAGACUACUAUAGAUUAUGUUCUAUAGUGUUUCUCUUAA